AUGUCAGUAAUUGCGGUUCUUGUUAGUAGUAGUUUGAUCGGUUUUUACAGGCUAUCAGUAUAUCUGUAUAGGUCACAGAGUUUUUCAUCGACUUUCCUAAAUUUCCGUGAAAUAAUCAUGUCCAACAUGUCAAUUGAGUCCAUUAGUUCUUGUGAAAUUGCUGGCAACUCAAAUUACGGAUUAUUAAAGCCAAAAAGCCCAGAUUUGAGCCAGAAAUCUGAAGUAGUUUGCUCAUUUAACUUUAAAGAGGCUGUUCCUGGUGUUUGUUUUGUAAUUACUGGCGUAAUUUUGAAGACUUGCGAAAGAUUUUCCAUUAAUUUAGUGAGUACUGGACAUAAACAAGAUAUUGCGCUUCAUUUGAAUCCACGAUUGCCCCAAAACUACAUUGUGAGGAAUUCCAAGAUAAAUGGCUCAUGGGGAACUGAGGAGACAUGCAGUCAAUAUUCAUCACAUUACGACUUAUUUAGAGGACAUAAAUUCUCUAUAGAAAUCCUUAUUACUGAGUCUGAAUUUAUGCUGUCAAUUAAUAAUAGACAUUUUGGAUCAUAUGCUCAUCGAGUACCUUUCAGGAAGAUUAAUGGAAUUGAAGUCAAAGGAGAUAUAAAAGAAGUCGCAAUAGAUCAGUUGUAUCGUGACAAAUAUCCCGAAGUGCCAACACAAGAUAUUUUGAGUUAUGAUGAAACAUUGCGUGAUGAUGUAAAAUUCGUAGUUCCUUAUAUUGCUAAUAUUCCCGGUGGCUUUACUAGAAACAAAUCCAUUCACAUUAUUGGACGUGUUAAAAUGCUUCCUCAUUCGAUUGCUUUCAAUUUACAGCAAUCACCUUUCUUUUGGCCACAUCCAACUGUCCCUUUGCACGUAAAUCCAAGGUUUGGUGGAGGCAAGCACAUCAUCUGUCGCAAUACUUGGAAAAAUGGAAAAUGGAUGAAGGAAGAAAGGACUGAUAUAUCGAGCAGAGACUUAAGUCCAGGAAGAGAAUUCCAUUUAGUGAUUGAAUGUGACUUUGAUUGCUAUCACAUCCAUCUUAAUGAUCAAGAAUUUGCUAAAUACAUGUUCCGUUGCGAUGAUAAUGCUACGAAAAUUGUCGAUACUUUGAAUAUUGCUGGUGAUGUCGUUUUGAAGAAAGUCUACCUUCAAACGAGAAUUUAUGACUAA